CUCAAUUUCCCAGGCCCUUCUCUCUGGUAAUCCUAAGGGUUUAAGGUGGGGUAGCCCCUGCUUCCAAAUCCCUGGGACAGGAAGCAGUGCCGGCUUCUCCUGGCCCUGGGCCAGGGUUGUAUCCAGACCCACAGGCUUGCUUGCAGACUCGGAACUGGGAGGCAGAUCUGCAGAAUCCUCUUCAUUCCUGCCUGGCCUGGACCGUGUCUGGCUGAAUGGGCUGCCCAGGGACCCUACCAUCUGCUACAGGGACCCUAGGAGUAAGGUCCCAGGGUGAGGCGCUGCCUUGCUGCAGGCUUAGCCUGCCCUGACUACUCUGAGACUGACUGGUCAGUGUCUUCAGCCCAUCAGCUCCUUGCGCCAGGCCAGAGGGGGCUCCCAGAGGAACUGUGCUCUAAGUCCCAGCCCCUCUUGGAGGAGGAGGCGGGCGGCCAAGGCUCUGCAGCCAGAGGCUGCUCAGCUCAGAGCUCCGGAGCCAGAUGUAACAUUGACCUUAAAUGGUAAAAGCUCCCCAGAGUGAAGAGAGGCUGGCCAGAGGAGGAAAGGGGAAUAACUCAGUUUUAGCCUGCGGAGCCCAGGCCUCUCGGAACACCUUGGGGGCUGACGCAGCGGAGGUUCCUGGGCACACGCGUGGCCGCUCCCGCCCGGAGGUUGCCAUGCCCCACAUUCCCGAGGACGAGGAGCCCCCCGGAGAGGCAGCCCAGAGCCCUGCCGGCCAAGGCCCUCCAUCCGUAGGCCCUUCGCACAGUCCACCCACGAUCGUCCUGACGGGGGAGGUCAGUUCACUGGAAGGAGAGUGUGACAGGAAUCUGGCCAACAGAGCGCACAGUCCCCAGCGGAGGCUCUCCCACCGCCACCUGAAGGUUUCCACUGCUCCGCUGACUUCUCUGGACCCUGCGGGGCACGUCAUCGACCUCGUCAAUGACCAGCUGCCUGACAUCAGCAUCUCAGAGGAGGACAAGAAGAAAAACCUGGCGCUACUGGAGGAGGCCAAGUCGGUGAGCGAGCGCUUCCUGACACGGCGUGGGAGGAAGUCCAGGAGCAGCCCCGGAGACUCCCCGUCCUCGGCUGCGUCGCCAAGCCUCAGCCCCGGAGCUUCUCCCGCAUCGUCUCGUAGCAACUCCCUCACUGUCCCCACCCCGCCAGGUUUGGAUGUGUGCGGUGGCCCACCGUCCCUUGUGCCCGGAGCGCCAGUCCAGAAGGGAGAUGAGUCCGAUGUCUCUCCAGCUCCCCCUGGCGAGCCUAAUAUCCCCAAAGGGCUAGCUGACCGGAAGCAGAAUGACCAGAGGAAAGUGUCCCAGGGCAAGCUGGGCCCCCGCUCUCCUACAGUCGACAAGUCCAAAGAGCUGGCCAUAGAACAAAAAGAAAAUUUCGAUCCACUCCAGCAUCCCGAGACCACGCCCAAGGGCCCAGCUUCUGUCCCAAGCAGUGGCGGGAAAAUGGCCCUGAACAGCCCCUUGCCGGGCCCUGUGGAGGGGGAGCUGGGAAAGCCGCUGCAGAAGCUGGCCAGGGAGAGCAGCCCCCUGCCCCGAAGUCCAGCUCCAGGCCCUGCAGGGCCAGCUCCCCCAGCCUCCCAGGGAGCAGGUUCACCUUCAGAGCCCACAGGGACCAAGGUGGGCUCCAAAACUGAACCACGGUCCCCUGUGUCGCGGCCCCCUCUGCUACGAGGGGUCUCCUGGGACAGUGGCCCUGAAGAGCCGGGGCCCCGGCUGCAAAAAGUGCUUGCCAAGCUGCCGCUGGCAGAGGAGGAGAGGCGUUUUGCAGGCAAGCUAGCCAAGGCGCCAGGACUCAAAGACUUCCAGAUUCAAGUGCAGCCUGUGCGGAUGCAGAAACUGACCAAGCUCCGUGAGGAGCACAUCCUGAUGAGAAACCAGAACCUGGUGGGUCUCAAGCUCCCAGAACUCCGAGAAGCUGCUGAGCAGGAGAAAGGGCCCGCUUCUGAACUCUCGCCAGCUAUUGAGGAAGAGGAGUCAAAGGGUGGCCUGGAGGUCAUGCCCAACAUUUCUGACAUUCUGCUGCGCAAACUGCGAGUCCACAAGUCUCUUCCUGGAAGUGCCCCUCCACUCACUGAAAAGGAAGUUGAGAACGUGUUUGUACAACUGUCCUUGGCCUUUAGAAAUGACAGCUACACUCUGGAAGCCAGAAUUAACCAGGCUGAAAGGGAACGCAACCUGACAGAAGAGAACACUGAGAAGGAACUGGAAAACUUCAAAGCGUCCAUUACGUCCUCAGCAUCACUGUGGCACCACUGUGAGCACCGGGAGACCUACCAGAAGCUGCUGGAGGACAUUGCCGUCCUACAUCGCUUGGCCGCCCGCCUCUCCAGCCGAGCCGAGGCCGUGGGGGCUGUGCGCCAGGAGAAGCGUAUGUCGAAAGCAACAGAAGUAAUGAUGCAGUACGUGGAGAAUCUGAAGAGGACAUAUGAGAAGGACCAUGCAGAGCUCAUGGAGUUUAAAAAACUUGCAAAUCAGAAUUCAAGCCGCAGCUGUGGCCCCUCUGAAGAUGGGGUUCCCCGCACGGCGCGAUCCAUGUCCCUCACAAUGGGAAAGAAUAUGCCCCGCCGGAGGGUCAGUGUUGCUGUGGUUCCCAAGUUUAAUGCCUUGAAUCUCCCCGGCCAGUCUCCAACCUCCUCCUCCAUUCCCUCCUUACCAGUUCUGUCAGAAUCAACCAAUGGGAAAAGCAACCUGCCUGUUGCCUCCUCACUGCCUGCACUUUUGGAAAAUGGAAAGACAAACGGGGAUCCUGAGUGUGAAGCUUCUGCACCCGUGCCACCCCCAAGCUGCCUGGAGGAGGUGAGCCAAGAGACCAAGUCCAAGGUGGAGGAAGAAGCCUACAACAAGGGGUACCAGGAAGGUCUGAAGAAGACCAAAGAACUUCAAGACCUGAGGGAAGAGGAGGAGGAACAGAAGAGUGAGAGUCCCGAGGAAGCUGAAGAGGUCGAGGGGAGUGAGGAGGAGGAGAAGGACCACAGGCGCAGCAAAUUUGAAGAAUUGGUCCAUUUCUUACAAGUCAUGUAUCCCAAGCUCUGCCAACACUGGCAAGUCAUCUGGAUGAUGGCUGCAGCGAUGUUGGUCUUGACUGUGGUACUCGGGCUCUACAACUCCUAUAACUCUUGUGUGGAGCAGACUGAUGGACCCCUUGGAACAACUUGCUCAGCAGCCCAGAGGGACUCGUGGUGGAGCUCGGGGCUCCAGCAAGAGCAGCCUGCAGAGCAAUAGGGUGCCUGAUCCCCAGCUGCCACCUCGCUCCAGCUCAGCCCUCCGUAUAGUGCAUCAACCCUAUGUGUGGACACACUGGUGUCCAUCCUGUCAAGGAAUGAGGAAGACUGCUUUUCACACUUGACACCCUGUGGAGCUACUCACAGACAGCAACUUGAUGUUCUUGGAGGAUCAACAAAACUGCUCUGGGAAGGCUUCUGGUGGACCAGGAAGUCACUUUCACCAAGGAACAUGAAGCAAAGGGAAGUUCUAACCCUUUGUUCAAAUGGCCAAGCAGAACUAGAACACUGGGGGGACAGACGGAAACUCAUUCUCUUCCCCUUACUUCUCUACAGAGGGUUGUCAGGAAGAAUUAUACUUAACAACUAAUAGUGAUGCUAAGGAUCAGACCUGGAAUUUGGUGAUACAACAUGAAUAUCUUCCCAUUAUCCCAUCUCAUUUGAAUGACUAUCUUUAGGCCUUCCCUUCUCCCCUUGGGAAGAAAUCUUAUCCAUAAGUUUUAUUUUACAGAAGUGGGAAAUGUUUCUCAGAAAAAAAAAAAAAAAACGAACAGGCUGAAUUUAGAUCAGUGCUUGAAAUGAAAUGGGGAGAUGUGAAUUUAUAUGCAUCUGCAAACACAUAACAACAACAAUAACAAAAUGCAUGUGUACAAAGCCAACAGCCCUCCAAAAGUGUGCUCUUGGUGUGUUCUGGAAAAGUAGGAUGCAUGCCAAACCAACCAACAAAUCUUAUUAUGUGUGAGGCAACCACCAAGCACUCAUUGAGAGUUCCAUGAGCUCUCCACACAGGUUGAUGUUUGAAAACCACUAAAGACUCAUAGCUUCCAUGGCAAACUUGCCAGUCUCCAUUUAAAACACCAGUUCUAAGUUGCUGUAUAGCACAGCCCAUUCCCUACUUGUUCUCUCCUUUUGAAGGCAGUUAACCCAUCUCUUAGGUAUGUGAGGAGAAAUGCAGCUUUCAGUCUCAGUCUCCAACUCUAGAUAUGCACCCACAUGUAAGGAGGCCGUUGUGCCUCAGCACUUUAGUUCAAGUGGGAUUUUUCAAUCCUAGCAUGUGUUUCAGGGCAUUCCAAAAUGCUUAGCAUAAACCAAAGGAACACAUCCCAUCUCCAAGUUGACUUCUCUCCCCAUCUUGACAGCCACUGUCUUUGAAUGAAACCUUAUGCUUUGGGAGAGAGGGACUUGGAGUCUGUGUGGGUUUUCUUGUGGUGGUUUUGCUUUUGUUCUUUGUUUUAUUGAUACUGCUUGCUUCCAUGGCUAACCUUCAAACAGAACUUAUUGUGAGCCAACUGUUGUUCUCAGUAUUACAUAGGUAUUAAUUCAUCUAGUUCUUAAAAAAAAAAAAACAAAAGACUAUGAGAUGAACCUUUCUUAUUUUCAGAUAAGGAAAAUGAAGCUCAAAAAAAGUCAAGUAAUUUGCCAAGGACACCCAGAUAGGUAAUCAUGGAGCUGGAAUUCAAACUCAGGUCACCUGGUUGGAGGGGUUGUACUCUUAGCUCCAACACUUCCAUGGCCCUGCCAGUGAUCUCCUAACUGGAUGCCUUACCUUCCAGUCUCACUUCUCCAAGUGGUGCUUCACUUACCCUAAACCAUGUCUGGUUCCCAGCUAAACAGUUUCUCUCAUGGCUCUUCCCUUGAUAGUAGCCCUCCUUCCAGUCUUCUAGUCACUGUUUAGGACCAAGUGCAGAAACCAGUCCCACCACACAGGCUUUGGCAACAUCCUUCCACACUCUGCACUAAGCCCAACCUCAUAGGGAACAACCUGCACUGAGCUUUCUGGCACUAUUGUACCAUUGACCUUUGUCUACAACAUAUUAUAGUAACUCAUUCAUGUAUAUGUGUUCCUGUGCAUUUUUCCUCCAAGACAAGAACCAUGCCUUACCCAUCUCUUGGGGAAGUGGCUAGCAUGGUGGCUCACACUUGGGAGAGUAUCAUUUAAUAUUGAUUUAAAAUACAAGUAAUAUUCAAGAAGGUGGAGAGUAGCCUGGGAACAGCUGACAUUCUUCAUGCUACUAGCAUCAUCAUUGCCCUAAUGUCCAUGAAAAAGUCACUUUUUUUCAGUCUCAGAUUGUUCUAAUAGUCCUCAGCCAUCUUUACAAGACAGCAACAAGGGAUGAUCUCAGAGUAUUCAUUCACCUUAGGGAAGCUUCCCUAGACCAGUCCCUACCUGAAAACAGCUGCUUUACUGGAAGGAGCAUCCUUUACAGUGUGCUGGGACACAGCUGUGAAAGAACCCAUGCAGGGGUGGACCAAGGACGUGCCAUUAAGGUAAAGAGGUACACAGAAGAACAGAAGGACUUUGAGGGCACGGGUGAAUAGUUCACGUGGCCUCUUCCAGAGAUAACCUAAUACAACUUGAAGGAACUUUUACUAUGUGAGACCUUCAGAAUCAAAAGACAGGUUCUCAGUGGAGUUCCAGAGAAGCGACUAUGGGGCAGGCAAGAUACUAGCUGGGCCAUACAGCCUCUGCUCCUCUUUAAAAAGGACCACGCUGAGCUGCACUACCAUGACUUGACCAAAGUGCUCCCACCCUUGUUUCCAGGUGAGACAAAGACCAUGGAAAUAGAUGUGGAGAGCUUCACCUCCUGGUACUCCACAGAGAGGUUUGCUAAAGUACUUCAGACACAAGCCUUUGCCCACACUACUGAGGGAGGUCAGUGAGAGGAGGUGUCUAAAAGGGAGAAGAGUAGCCACAUUUACUGUUGAGUGGCUGAAGAAGUCUUAUCGGUCUAUACAUUCUGGAAAUUAAAAACUCAAUGGGAAGUAAUUGCAGGUGUGCCAAAGCAGUUAUGAAAUGGAAAGGCAUAGGUCAGGUACUUCCGGUGGUCAUGUUGAUCUGAAAAAAUAUUUUCCCCUUAAAUGCACCCUCAGCCUGCCAUUUCUGCUUUGCCUAAGACAUCUGGUUGCCCAAGUUCAGCUUCAGAGUGAUGUGCUGUGUGUGUCAUUGCAGACAUCAUCACCUCAUAAAAGGAUCUUCACUUUCUGACCACCACAAAGCCCUAUGUAAUGCUCCCCACAUCCAGCCUGACAGAGUACAUGGAGAGAGAGAUGGUGGGUUUGUGUAUCACUGGCUGUCAGUUGUUAAACCUCACACAGGUGUGUCAGUGUUGAACUGUAGAGUGUCACAUGCCUGAUUUUGAAAAUAAAAGCACAUUUCCAAAUCUUUGGCAGAGCCAAAUGCCUCCUCAUUCUAUGGAGUUGAGCCACAGUCUCACUCCACCUUUGAAUUAGGACACUUUGGCCAUUACUCUCCCCCAGAACCAAGUCAGAAGUCCCUGGUUCUUAGGACUUUACGUUAUGGGCCACCACAUGGAGGUGGCUCAUCCCUAAUGUUAGUUUCCUAUACCUUCCUGGCCUAUUAUAUUUGAAGUAAAUUAAGUAUGUUUUCUUGUGAUCAAAUCUUUGCCAAUGUGAUUUGACAGCUUUUUUUUUCUUUUCUGUGCUAGUUUCAGGAGAACAUGUGCGUUCCGAACCUGGUACACUCUCACCCACAAUAAUUCACACCCUCUUUGUGGUCUUCUCUGAUAAAAUCAAAGGGGUUCUGUGGAAGUCUUGGAGGCUUCAGAAAAUGAAUCACUAAAUGAUGCUGUGUUUCUGAAUGGAUAGACACAACAUGAACUGUGAUGAAGGCAAGAAAUAAAAUGUGUGUGUCAAGCCA